GUUUUUAUACACGGAACGUGAAUGCAGCGCAAAACUGCCCGAGUACGAGAGCGAGAGAGAGCGCAGAUGAGCCCCAAUGAUCAGAAGCCGGGUCUUCUUUCAAACACACACACUCAUACACACACUUCGCUCUACAUCCCUCACACACAAAUGCCAGCACACUCACACAAACGCGAUCCAGUAACCACAGCUCCAUCAGUCCAACCCGCUCGCUAGUGGCUGCCUUCGCCGACACGCAGAGCUGUGGCAGGAGCUCCUGCUGGCUCUGUAGCACAAAGCAGAGGUGAAGGGGAAUCCGGGGACUCAAUUUGGGAGGCAAGAGAUAAUUCCGCGACAUUGCUGGGAGGAGCAGAGAACGGUGAGGGUAGGUGAGUGAAUGCACUUCGGUCCAGCUGCUGCUGCUGCUGCGGGAAGAGGAGGAGGAAGAAGAAGCCCAGCAUCUGGAGAAGCUGGAGGACCAGCACUGUAACAUCAUCCUGCACAGACUCGGAGGAGACGGCCAGCGGAGACCAGGGUACCUCCAGGCUCAGAUGUGGAGGGAGAGCCGGUCAACUUGUACUCCUGGGUGUCUGGCCCAGUGAUUCGACCCCAGACAGGAAACAAAGGAAGAGGAAGAAAGGAUGGCCACGAGGGCGAGCCUGGGUCAGGAUGUAGGCUGGCUGCUGCCUUUCCUUUUCUUGUUACUAAUGAUCACAGUGUCACCUGCCCAAAGCCAAGGAUGUCCCCAGCGCUGUGAGUGCAUUGCUAAGCUCAAGACUGUGUCUUGUUAUGGGAAACGCUUGUCUGCACUGCCCGAUGGAAUCCCACUGGACACCAAGAUCCUGGACUUGAGUGGGAAUAAACUGCGUUGGGUAGAACACGGAGACCUGCUUCCAUAUUCACGUCUCGAAAAGCUAGACCUGAGUGAGAACAUAAUCAGUGUCCUGGAACCAAAUGCUUUUUCUAGCCUUCAGAACCUUAAGUCGCUUUCACUGAGGGGUAACCAACUGAAGCUGGUCCCUAUGGGAGCUUUCUCACGUCUCUCCAACCUAACUUCAUUGGACCUUAGUGGGAAUAAGAUUGUAAUUCUUUUGGACUUUACUUUCCAAGACUUGAGAAGUUUAAAGAACUUGGAGGUCGGCGACAAUGAUUUAGUUUAUAUCUCUAACAAGGCCUUUCUGGGUUUGGUGGGACUGAAGGAGCUGACAAUUGAGAGGUGUAACCUGACUUCGGUGUCCAGUCAGUCUUUGUCUUACCUGCAUAACUUGGUGACUCUGCGGCUCCGCUACCUCAGUAUCUCUGCCUUAGAGGACCAAAACUUCCGGAAGCUGGGAAACCUGAGGGGCCUGGAGAUCGAUCACUGGCCCUUUUUGGAGUACAUCUCUCCUCACAGCCUGCAGGGUCUCAACUUGUCCUGGCUGUCUAUCACACACACCAACAUCACCUCUGUGCCCACCUCUGCCCUGCGUAGUUUGGCUCACCUCACCAGCCUCAACCUAUCUUACAACCCCAUCACUGUGUUGGAGUCCUGGGCAUUGCGGGAUCUCGUAAGGCUGAAGGAGCUGCAUCUAGUCAAAACCAACCUGGCAGUAGUGCAGCCCUAUGCGCUCGGUGGUCUAAGGCAAAUCCGCCUUCUUAACCUUUCCUCUAACAGCCUGGUGACCCUGGAGGAGGGAGCCUUUCAGUCUGUCAACACUCUGGAGACGCUGCGUUUGGAUGGAAACCCUCUGGCCUGCGACUGCCGCUUGCUCUGGAUCCUUCAGCGCAGGAAGACCCUGAACUUUGAUGGUGCCUCCCCGGUGUGUAUGACACCUGUUGAAGUGCAAGGACGUGCUCUCAAUGCUUUCUCUGAUUCAGCUCUCUUUGACCACUUUACUUGUCAAAAGCCCAAAAUCCGCAACCGGAAACUGCAGCAGAUAUCUGCCCGCGAGGGACAGGUAGUGUCAUUUAUUUGCAGAGCAGAAGGUGAACCCACACCGGUGAUAUUCUGGAUUUCUCCUCAGCGCCGCCGCAUCACCACAAAGAGCAGCGGCCGCCUUACCGUGUUACCAGAAGGCACGCUAGAAAUCCGCUAUGCCCAGGUCACAGACAGUGGGACGUACAUUUGCAUAGCCAGCAAUGCCGGUGGAAAUGACACAUAUUUUGCCACACUUACAGUGAGUGGGCUGCCGCUGGAUGCAGCCCUUAUGGCCAACCGCACCUACUAUGCUGGGGAUCUUAAUGACACAAAUCUGAAUGAUACCAGAGUCUUCUUGAAGUUUACUCUGGACCUCAAGACGAUCCUCAUAUCUACAGCCAUGGGCUGUAUCAUGUUUCUGGGGGUAGUCCUUUUCUGUUUCAUUCUGCUGUUUGUGUGGAGUCGAGGGCGAGGGCAGCACAAAAACAACUUCUCUGUAGAAUAUUCUUUUAGAAAAGUGGACGGGCCUGCAGCCAGUGGAGGACAAGGUGGAGCACGGAAGUUCAACAUGAAAAUGAUUUGAUAUGCUUUAGUGUUCUCUCCUCAGUGCUGAUUAUAAGCACACAUCAAAGUGGACUGCUGUGCUUGAAGAGCAUCAACGUCAAAUCUUUGCGAGACCUUGAUAUAUUUCUAUAACUCUUUCAUGUGUAUUCACAUUAUUGUGCAGAGAAAAGCUAUAUUAUCAUCGAAUAUGUUUUAAACUCUUGAACAGACUGUUAAAAAGACCAAUCGGCAAAGUCCCAUCUACACUAUCUUCAUGCUCCGACCAGCUCAGUUCGAGGAAUUCUCCCCCGUUUAUCUCAAAAAGAAUACACCCUUCUCCUCCGUCUGCUCUGUCUACAAACCGGUGAAUACAUAAUAUUAGGGUGGUGCUCAAUAAAUGCCAAGGACAUGCCAAUAUGUAUUUUAGUAGUUCCAGCUAUAUACUGCAUAUUUAGACUUAUUCACAGUCAUAAGUUGAGCGCAACAAUAUAUUCGCUCUGCUUGAAGACAUUUUGCUGAUGGUGGGUUCGUACAGAAUAUAUUACACUUAGAAUACACUCUGCAACACUGCCAAUUCGACCGGAAAGCACCAAGUAAUAUCACUGUCAGUCCAAAGGGACGGCAAAAAGACGUUUCACAUCAAUAGUUACGGCUGGAAGUUGUUUAAAAUAACAAUCUACAGAUUUUUAGCUACAGUGGGACCUGGUGCACAGUAAUGUGGUGACAAAUCAGCACAUGCCAAUACACGUUUGCUAGUCAGAUUUCCCAUUGUUGUUCAGUAAAGAACUACAGCUUCCUCCUAAUCUGCAAACAUGUGUAUAAAAUGAAAUGCAUGUACAGAGUUGGCUUCUUACUUUGAAUAACUUGUAUUAUUUGUAAAGGAAACACUCAUAGGGGUGCAUAAGAUGUAUUAUAUAUUUUGUAAUUACUGACCUUGAAGUUCUUGUGGUCGUUUAUAGUACUGUUGAGUGAUUAAUAAGGUUUUAAUGUUAUGCUGUUAUUAAAGUGUUAAAGUCCUAUUCGGAAUGACUCAUAACAGUUCAGUUAGAAGCGUUUUUAUUUUUAUUUAGUUUCGACUGAAACACAACCCACUCCCUGAGCUCGCUCACUCAGCAAAUCAUGAAGGGCAUUUGCAUCAAGUUUCACUUCGUUUACCUAUUUGUAGCUGUACAAAUAACACCAAGGCUUUUCUGACCUGUGGCUGAAGAAACUCUAAUUGCGUUUGAGGCAUUCGGUGUGAAUGUUUUUAAAAAAAAUCUUUGCAAAACUCUAAAUGACACCAGCCAAAGUCAUUUGAGGAAAGCUUAAUGAUACAAUCAACAACAAAAAGCUGCAUGAUAACUGUGACUAACAUUGAUGCCUAGAUGCUGAUAACAGAGGUCACCCGCAUGCCGUUCUGCCCUCAAGCUCUAUCUCAUGAUCUGUGGGUUUAGGGCUGGGACCCAAUGUCAUCAUCACAAACCAUUUAUUUCUGUUUGGCUUUGACUGCUGAUUUCUAACAGUGUUGUUCUGCUGCCCUCUGUUGACUAAGACGAGUAUCGUACUUUUCACUAUUUCUAUAGUGCAAGCAGGGUUUUACUUAAUAUUAAGUCAUUUUUUAAAAUUUCUCAAAAGGCAAAUGUGGAAUUCAGCAAUGGUCGACCUAAAUCAGCGCUGGAAGUAAAAAUGAAUUUAUUGUUGCUCAACAGUAUACCCUGCCUCUUCAAACACACAAAACUGAGUCCCGUGUUUCAACAACAUAGACACCGCACAACUAAUUUUACAAACAAAGUUAUUAAUACUAAACUUUGAAUACAUCCGUGGACCGAUCUCAAAUCAGUUAGCCUUCCUGUUUGUAUUUUUCAAUAUGUAAACACUUUGGUUUCAGUUGUAAUUUUCUUUUCCUCCCCCCGAUCCCUCCUGUAAAUAUGGAAACCACUGUGUAUGGAAAUUGUGCUAUACUGUUUUGUACUUUACUGUUUUAUAAAUAAUGAAGUCCACUGUUUAUAAAGCAUGUGAUAUUAUCUGCUACAAUCAUGUCUUGUCCCCUGUUCCAUUUUAAUAGCAACUGGCCAGCGAAUCAGUCUGUAUGGUGGUGGUCUCAGGAGCGUAUCGAUAGACCUGUGACCCAAACCCCCAUGGAAAUUGUGUUUAGAAGAUUUUGUGCUUUUAUUUGCUUCUCUUUCCCCAGGAAGUGCUCAUAUUUUCAUUUCAAAAGAAAGUUGCAUCAGAAGGAUUGAUGUGCUAUCAGCACCACAAGUAAAGAUAUAGAGCUCAGCAGAAAGCAUCCUUGUCCGGACUUGAUGAAUGAGUAAGCAUGAUAUAGUGUCUGGGGACGGUUAUUACUGUUCAUUUUCUAUGCAUUCGUCAAAAGUUACAAAAAAUAAAUUCAUUUUUGUGAGCAGAUAAAGUCAACUCUGCAUUCACACUUUCAGAUGUGUCUGUUGUGGGCUUUCAAGAUUGUUACUCCUUAAUCGUGUGGGUAUGAUGACUUAAUCCAUGGCAGUGAGUUUAAUAUAAAACAAAAUCAAGCCCUGUUAGUGUUCACUGGGUAAAUGAAUUAAUUUUGUACUGAUAUGACCAGUUAUCUGACUGAUAACUGGUCAUAUAAAUGACACUUAAAGUUCUCAGCAUUUUAACACUCAGUAUACAGCUUCAUACUCAUUAAGAGUCCCAUCCAUUUUCUUCUCCUUAUCCAGUUCAGGGUCAUGGAGUGGAGGGAUCAGGGGCUGAGAGGCAUGGUACACCCUGAAUAGAAAGCUAAUCUGUUGGAGGGUUGAGAAAGAGACAGUCUCAUAUUCACAUCUGCAGCCAAUUUAGAAUCGCAGGUUAGCCUAGCCUGUGCAUGUUUUUUGGACUGUGGGAGGAAGCCGCAAUGUUUGGAGAGUACCCAUGUAGGCACGGGUGAGAACACUGAAACUCCACACAGGACCGUGUGAGGCAACAGUGUGAACCACUGCCCCAUUAAAAUCCCCGUGCAUUAAAAGUUUGUUUGAGUUAUUUAGUUAAAUUGCUUCCUCAUCCAGGAAUAUUUUAACAUUAAAUUUCAAUGUUACUUUAUUUAUUUCUAUAGUACCAAAUCAGAAGAACAGCUGUCUCAAGUUGCUUUAUAUUGUAAGGCGAAGACCCUACAGUAAGACAGAGAAAGCCCCAACAAAAAGACAAACCCCUAUAUAUAGAAGCACUUUUUAACAGGAAAAACCUCUGGGCAUAACCAGGCUCAGGGAGGGACGGCCAUCUGCUGAGACCGGUUGGGAGGGAAGGGAGGAAGAUAGGGGAGCCAGAGAUUAAUAUUAAAUAAAGAAUAAAUGCAGAGAGCUGU